CUCAAAAAUGGCAUCAGCUACUAAUGAAACUAGUUCAUUAGAUACAGAUUUGCAGAGGAUUAGGUUGGAAGAGAGGCAUCUGCAAAAAUUUAAAGCAGAGAAGAUAGCUGAAAAGUGGCGUCAACAGGACAAAUAUAUCGAUUUCUUAGAGGAUAAGUUAGAUCAACUGAAGGACCAAUCUAAAUCAAAGUUAGAUUCGCAGAAUCAAGAUUCAACCAGAAGAGAAAAUAUUUUGAUUAUGAGACUUGCAAGCAAAGAACAGGAGGCCCAAGAUAUGAUAAACCAAAUUCAGGAACUGAAAUGUUCUCUGGCUCCUUCAACAAGUAACUUGCGGACAACCCUAUUGGAUCCUUGUGUAAAUUUGCUUUUCCAGAAGAUGCAAUCUCAAAUAAAGGAACUCCAGGGUAAGCUAGCAAAAGCAGAAGAAGAACUCAAUGCCUGGUCUUUUACUGCUGACAGUGUGACAGGAAAGAAACUGAUGGGGAAAUGCAGAAUGUUGAUUGACGAGAACGAAGAGUUGGGACGUCAGUUAUCACAGGGUCGUGUAGCUCAGCUUCAAGCUGAACUGUCUCUGCAAAAGAGUGCAAAUGAAGAAAUGCAGAAGAAUUUGGAUGAAAUGACUGGAUUUGUUCUUCAGCUAGAUGAGGAAGUCGAAGGCAUGCAGGCAACUAUAUUGCAUCUACAACAGCAACUUAAAUACACACAAGACAAGUUGAAGACAGCAAAUGAAAAGCUAGAAAAAAAUUAUGAGGAUAAAAGAAGGGAUGAAGCAGAAUCGUCAUCUAAAAUAAAAUCAGAAAAGUACGACGAUGAUGAGAAGCAGGAUAAGAGGAAACGGUCAGAAGACGAGGAAGAAGUCGUUAAAAAGAAGAAAGAUAAGGUGAGAAGUAAGUCAGGCAAGGAAAGUAAGAGGAAUAAACACAAGGAUAAGAGCCAAAACGAUGAGAACUGAUAUAAUCUUCAAUGUUUAUAAUAUGUAUAAUUUUGAAAUGGUCUUAUCAAAAAUGAGUGGGUACCAUCUGUGGAACUUGUUAUAUUUUCUUAUUUUUUAAUUAAACAUUUUUAUGAUUACGUUCCACAUAGACAUGAAGAAUUAUAAACUAUUUUCC